AUGCCGCUCUCAAGACAGGCCUCUCUUUCGUCGGCCACGUCAAAUUCUCAUAGCCAUCCCCAGACGAUUGGUCCAUGGAAGUUGGGAAAGACCCUCGGCAGAGGUGCCACAGGCCGUGUUCUUCUCGGUAUCAAUAGUUCAACGGGCCAGAAAGCCGCUGUGAAAGUCGUUUCAAAAUCUGCUUUGAAUGACGAAUAUGACAAACCCACAAAGGGCGGUCUUCCUUAUGGAAUUGAACGUGAAAUUAUUAUCAUGAAGUUGCUCACUCACCCCAAUGUGUUACGUCUCUACGACGUUUGGGAGACAUCAAAGGCUUUGUACUUAGUGUUGGAGUAUGUCGAAGGCGGUGAAUUGUUCGACUUAUUGGUCGAGAGAGGUCCUUUACAGGAGCAGGAGGCAGUGAAAUACUUCCGUCAAAUUGUGUUGGGUACCGCUUAUUGCCAUGCCUUGGGUAUCUGUCAUAGAGAUUUAAAACCAGAAAACCUUCUCCUCGACGCUUCCCUCAAUGUCAAAUUGGCAGAUUUUGGAAUGGCUGCCUUAGAAAGCAACGGUAAAUUGCUUGAAACAUCCUGUGGCUCCCCUCAUUAUGCUGCCCCGGAAAUUGUCUCUGGCUUGAAGUACCAUGGUGCUGCUUCAGAUGUCUGGUCGUGUGGUGUUAUCCUUUUUGCCUUGCUAACCGGAAGAUUGCCUUUCGAUGAUGAAAAUAUCAGGAACCUAUUAUUGAAAGUACAGGCGGGCACUUUUGACAUGCCCGAGGAAUUGAGCACUGAUGCUCAAGAUUUGAUUUGGCGUAUGCUUACAGUUGACCCGAUGAAGAGAAUGACAACUCCAGAAGUCCUAAACCAUCGUCUUUUGAACAAGUAUCCCAUUCCUAACGAAGAUCUUAUCAGUGUUAAGUCCUUACCUCAUCCAGAAACCGCAUAUAGAUCGUUGGGUUCUAUUAAGAACAUUGACAAGCAAAUCUUGCUGAACCUUUCAAUCUUAUGGCAUGAUAGACUGGAAGACGAGAUCAUUAAAUGUCUUCUUAAAGAGGGUCCAAACCCGGAAAAGACUUUCUACGCCCUACUUCUUAGAUACAGACAUAACCUGGACGAGGCGUCUACCCCAUCUUUAUCUGUGGGCGGCUCCCCUGACAAGCGUAUUCCUCGCUCGGGCUCUUCAUUAUCUAACAGGGCGACUCCAAAGCGCAGAAGCAGCAAAAUUAAUGCUACUACAGCUAAAAAUAGACCAGUUUCCUUCCAGAGACGCUAUGGUGCCAACAGAAACUCUGUGAUCAAUACGGGCCGUCUUUCAGCUGCAUCUAGUGUCCAGAACUCUCCUUUCAAGUCUCCUGGCAAGAAUAACGGUAGAGGCUUCAGUCAAUCGCCAUCUAAGUCGCCACGCAGAAAGCCGACCUUUUCGAGGCUGUCAACCGCUAGCUUGCCUAGAAACCUCUACAACGAUAUUGUUAAUGCUCAGGAGCAAUCACAAGGCUCACUCCCACCGACGUUACCAUCGAAGGAUUCAAUUUACGCACCUGGGGAACACGACCCUAACCAGCCUAUCAAAGCGGGCCAAGACCAAGGUGACACCAAUAGAAACGCAAAUUUUGCUCUUGAGUCUGCUCCUACAUUAGCACCCGGCCCGUUAUCGAACUCUGCUAAAAGAACUUCCAUGGCAUCGAAGAGAAUGUCCAGACGUAAGUCUAUUAGACAGUCGCUCACGUCUGGCCUCAAAAGAAACUCGAUCACUGUGAAGCUUUUAUCCACGUAUGCUAAAUUAUCGAGUGAGACUGAUUGGGAGUACAUGGACAAGCAAACGAAGCGUACUUCAGCCACUUUUGCUUCUUUAUGUGACAAGAUAUUUAACCAAGAAGACUACAACGUUGAUGACGAAAAGCUCGAAGAUGAAGAAGAAAAAAGGGCCCGAGAAUAUGAGAAACUUAUGGAGAUUGAGAGAAAAAAACACGAAGCUGAGCUUAAGGCUAGGAAGGAGCUUGCGAAGCAAAAGAAACGCCUGAAGAGGCGCUCUUUGUUGGCUUCCUCCAAAAGGUUGUCGAUUACCGUUACCGAGGACAACAAGAAAGAUUCCGAGGUCAUUCCUGAUGGCGGUCAUAUCCUGCAACCAAAAAGGCAAUCAAAAAUUGUUGGUAAUUUGCGGUCCAUCUCUGAAGGUGCCAAGAACGACCAGGAAGACGAUUUAACUCAGGCAGAUGUCGAAACUCUUAAGAAGAGGUCAGUUACGCAACCAAACCCUCGUCGCCGUUUAACACCUAUCUUGACCAGGCGCCCAGUUUCUCGAUUAGACCCCUUGUGGACUGCUCAAGACAUCGAGGACGCCGUUCAGGAUUCCGGAAAUAAAGGAACUGAGAAAGCACGAAAGAAGGUUAACAGAGAGUCAAUGGUAUCUGUUGGCAAUGCCGAUGACACUCGGAGACUUUCAAAGAACUUUGAAUACGAUAAUCAGGAUUUCCAUCUUUCUGAAAAUGAGAAGGAGGAAGUUGAUUUGAGCGAGGACUAUAUGAAUGAGAUAAGAAAGUCCAAACUUCUCAAUUCCCAAUACAAUCUAAAGGGAAAUUUGGAUAAUGAACAACCGGAGACAGCCCCCAAGAGUCGUGGAAAGAAGACCAAUUCCCAAAAGCUUGAAGACAGGAAGACCUUGAUUGGUAGUGUCCAUAUUCCGAAGGUGACGAGAAAAUCAACUCAUUUCUCUGCUUCCAACAAGAGAUUAUCAAUCCUUACUAUGAGGUCUACCAAAGAGUCUUAUAGAGAUUUGAACAGUAUACUUGAUGCCCACAAUGAAGAUAUCGAUGAAAGCGAACUUGCAGAAGAAGAGAGACUUGACCAAGGUAUGCCGCAACUCAGGACGAGUUUUGCGGACCGAUUGGAUCGUGCAGGUUUCAACAACGAAGAUGAUGAUGAAGUUUCGGAAGGGGGUUCUGUUUUAGAUUUCGACGAGCAUCUUGCCAACAAGCGUUCUUCGUACUAUGCUGGCCAUGGACCCAAGAGAUACCCAACGACAAAGAGACAUUCAAUCAAGCCCAAGAAGGGACCGCUAGAUGACGAAGAAACAUUGUUCGAAAAUAAAAGCUCUCCAGAGAAGAAUGCUGAUUACACUUUUGCCGAUGAUAUUGAAGCGAAUGAUGCUAAUCAUGGCGACAUGGACGUGUUCGAUAAUAUCAAGUUACCUAAAGACAAGAAGGAGUCUCACAGGCCAAAACGGGCAUCUGGAAAGAAUCCGGUCUCUACUAUGUUAAUUCCUGACAUGGAGAAGGUUGAAUCGGAAACGAAGCAGGAGAGCCAAAAACCUUAUGGUAAGGUUCCAAAUAACAGGACCACUACCAAUGAACACCAAAAGCAGAGCAAGCCUUUGGUCGACAAGACGAACACUCCGUAUCCUCCAACGCUGGACCAACCUCAAAAGCGCAACAGGUCAAUCUUCCGUAAAUUGUCCUGGGGCACAAAGAAGUCCUUGGAUGACAGCGGUGCUCAACAGCUCCCCUCGCCGGCAGAUUCUCGUGCAAACUCUGUCGAGGAGAAGAAAGGUGGUCUCUUUUCUAGAUGGUUUUCUUCUUCGAAUACUGCGCCAACAGCUGACGAUAUUAAGAGAUUCAGAACCAUACUUCCGAAGCAUGAAAUGAUCACAGCUCUUUAUGCUUUACUCAAUUCGUGGUCAAACUUUGGAUUGAAGCAUUUGAAGAAGGACAAUGUCGGGUUUAACAUAACGGGUGCAAUUUCCGGCAACAAUUCUUUCAAUUUGAAAAGCUGCAAGUUUAGGAUUAAGAUUAAUUCUCGAGCAAUGAACCAGAAAUCAGAAUUGAUCUGUGCAAAGGUUAAAGGUUCCAGCGCCACUUCUGCAACGUUAUUCAAGGAAAUUCAAAAAGUGCUUGAAAAGAAGGAAAAGUGA